AUGGAUGAUCUUCAGAGUUUGUUGGAAGAUUCGAAUGAAAUGUAUUCCGUGAUAUCCUCAGGCCAUGAGAUAUCCAAUGUUGUUGACGAUGAUGCUUUGGAGGAGGGUAUCUUUAUUUUUGUACCCUUAGAAUUGCAAUCUUUACAAAAAUCGCAACAUAUAUCCACGGCGACAACGUAUCUCGAUUCGCUUGGUGCGCGUAAAAGCGAGGCCGUCUCUGGGUUUGAAAACAGCAUCGCCAGGCCAUAG